UCUACGUCUGCUCGCCAUUCCUUCCCCUUUCCGACCCAUGCCCAACCCACGCCGCACCAGAUCUUCCACCUACCUGUAGGUGCGAGCCAGCAGGAUAUCAAGGCGAGAUACUACGACCUUGUCCGCGUACAUCAUCCAGACUCCCCUUUCUCUCGCGACGUCCCAUCACAAGAGCGUCAUGUCCGCUUCCAAACUAUAACCAAAGCCUACGACAUCUUAAGAGGCGUGGCCAGG